UGCCAGGGCCGUGUGAGCGCGGGAGGCAGGAGCCCUGUCCAGGCAGCGGCGCUUCAGCAGCGCUGGGAACGUGGGCAGAGAACAGUGCCUGAAGCAGGUCCACCAUGCCGUUAGUAACGAGGAACAUUGAGCCAAGGCACCUGUGCCGUCAGACGUUGCCUAGCGUUCCGAGCGAGCUGGAAUGCGUGACCAACAUCACCCUGGCAAAUGUCAUUCGACAGCUGGGCAGCCUGAGUAAAUCUGCAGAAGACAUAUUUGGAGAGCUGUUUACUCAAGCCAACACCUUUGCCUCUCGGGUGAGCAUUCUGGUCGAGAGAGUUGACCGCUUGCAAGUCAAAGUCACUCAGCUGGAUCCCAAAGAGGAGGAAGUCUCCUUGCAAGGCAUUAACACAAGGAAGGCCUUCAAAAGCUCCACCACUCAGGACCAGAAGCUCUUUGACAGAGAUUCUCUACCUGUGCCUGUUCUCGAAACCUACAAGACCUGCAAUACCCCUCCACCUCUCAACAUCCUCUCACCUUACAGGGAUGAUGGCAAGGAGGCACUUAAAUUCUACACAGAUCCUUCAUAUUUCUUCGACCUUUGGAAGGAGAAAAUGCUUCAGGACACCAAGGAUAUCAUGAAGGAAAAGCGGAAACAUAGGAAAGAGAAAAAGGAGAAUCCUAACAGAGGAAAUGUGAAUCCACGGAAAAUCAAAACCCGGAAAGAGGAGUGGGAGAAGCUGAAAAUGGGACAAGAAUUUGUCGAGUCAAAGGACAAGCACGGUCCUGCUGGGUACCCCUCCAACAUGGUGUAUCAGAACGGCAGCAUCGGCUCCAACGAGAGCAUGGAUGGGAACUGCUACCCGCCACCACCACAGACUGACUCUAUUGUGCCACCACCUCCCUCGUUCCCAGAUGACAGCCUGCCUCCACCCCCGGUGGAAUUUAGUUAUCCCGUAGACAACCAAAGAGGUUCUGGUUCCGGAGGGCCCAAACGAUCCAGCCUGGUUAGCCCGAGCCACCCACCACCAGCUCCUCCCAUCGGAUCCCCCUUGGCAGCCAGGCCAGGCUUUGCUCCCCCUCCAGCUCCUCCUCCACCACCACCACUGAUGGAGAACACCCCCCCUCCACCACCUCCCAUGGGCUUCCCUCCUCCAGGCCCACCUCCCCUGGCUUCCAGCGGCCUGGACGGGCCCCCACCCCCUCCUCCACCCUCCGACACCUCCACAUCCAAGCCCAAGUCGUCCUUGCCUGCGGUCAGCGAUGCCAGGAGUGAUCUGCUUUCGGCUAUUCGGCAAGGCUUCCAGCUGCGCAAGGUGGAGGAGCAGCGGGAGCAGGAGAAGCGGGAUGUUGUGGGGAACGACGUGGCCACGAUCCUGUCGCGCCGCAUCGCGGUGGAGUACAGCGACUCCGAGGACGACUCCUCCGAGUUCGACGAGGAUGAAUGGUCGGAUUAGCCACGCUCCCAUCCCCUCCUUUCCCUUCUCUCCUGGGUUCGCUUCUUACAGAAUCAGGUGGCCAAACCUUGCACCACAUCCUUUUUAUCCUGUAA